AUGAAGUUUGGCGGCAGAACGAUAGUGCAGUACCGAGAUGACGUCACAGAAGACUUUUACCGAAACUGGACUGACUACCGGAACGGAUUCGGAUCUCUGGAUGCGGACUUCUGGCUGGGCCUGGAAAAGAUUCAUCAGAUCGUCAAAAACCGCGACGUCGAUCUCGUCGUCUUCAUGAAACUCGGCAACGGCAGCUACUACCAGCAACGUUACUUCAACGUCAGCGUCAGCGACGAAUCCGGCGGUUACAGGGUGGUGUUUUUACACAGCCGACCCGCCAGCAGUGUCCCUCUGGGGGACUCCCUGUCGUACGCUAAUGGGUCACAGUUCACGACGCUGGAUGUGGACAACGAUAACUGGACGGGCGGAAACUGCGCACAGACGCACACGAGUGGGUUCUGGUUUAACGCGUGCACGAAGUGUAACCCGAAUGGGCGCCUCCUGAAGCCAGCAGACGGGCUGACGUCGAGUUCCGAGGAAGUGUUUUGGACGCACGAUUUAGGGAACAGUGCUCCAUACAAAAUCAAGAUGUGGCUGGUUGUUCCGUGAUGUUGACAAAGACACAAGACAACACCUGCAGUUAAGACAAUGUCUAAAGCAAAACGAUCAAUAACACAACAACAAACACAACAACAAACAAAACAAAACAAAAACAAAACAAAACAAAACAAAAAAACAAAACAAAACAAAACAACAACAACA